AUGGCUAACAGUGCUCUAUUGCUCGGCCAGCUCUUGGCCACGAGUCUCCUAAUGAUACUCGCUGGAUUGUCCACGCAUCAACAGGGCGCACUGGGCCAACUGGACAGCGAGUACCGAUUGCAUCAGACUAUCUCGAACUUCGCCAAGCGGAAGAAGGAGCAGAAGCAGGACCUGGCCAAGAUCCCCGGCAUCCCCUGGCAGGACUAUCCGCUCUACCACGAGAUCCCGCAGACGAGCUUCAGCUGCGCCCAUGUGCCAGCCGUGCCUGGCAUGUACGCCAACGUCGAGACCGGCUGUCAGGUAUACCAUGUGUGCCACGACGGCCGAGAGGGUGACCAGGGCGCGGCGUUCCUCUGCGCCAACGGCACGAUAUUCAAUCAGAAGGAGUUCGCCUGCGACUGGUGGUACAACGUCGACUGCGGCAGCGCGCCCCGACUUUACGAAUUGAACUUGGAUCCAGAAACGAACCCUUACGUACCACCAGCACAUAAAGAGCAAAUCAGACAGGAUCGUCUCAAAGCUUUCAUAUAA